AUGAACUCUGCUUACCAAUAUACGGAUUCUCCUAUUCUUGUCAACGCUCCCAACGUCACCUACACUGAUGACACUAUAACUGCCGACUACGUCUACCAUACGAGUGAAGCGAAGAUUGAAAAUGGUCAAGUCGUCGUGACUCCUCGCGACGAGAAGUACGUUUUCAAGACCGAUCGCCGCAUCCCGAAGGUCGGUAUGAUGCUCAUUGGCUGGGGUGGCAACAAUGGAACCACUGUCACUGCAGGAAUUCUUGCCAACAAGCACCAGAUUACCUGGCACACGAAGAAGGGCGAGAUGCACCCGAACUACUACGGGUCGAUCUCGCAGAGCUCUACAGUGAAGAUUGGUACCGUUCCCGGAGGGGAUCUCUACAUCCCCUUCAAGAAUCUUCUCCCGCUCGUCAAUCCCAACGAUUUGGUGAUUGGUGGAUGGGACAUUAGCUCUAUGAACUUGGGCGACGCCAUGAAGCGCGCUGGUGUGUACGACUACGACUUCCAGCAGGUCAUGUACCCGUACAUGAAGGACUUCAAGCCCCUGCCCUCGAUCUACUAUCCCGAUUACAUCGCUGCCAACCAGAAGGAUCGCGCGGAUAACGUGAUUCCGGGCAACGACAAGCAAGUCCAUCUGGACACGGUGCGCGCCGAUAUGCGCCGUUUCAAGGAGGAGAACCACCUGGACAAGGUGAUUGUGCUCUGGACGGCGAACACGGAGCGCUACUCUGAAAUCAUCCCCGGCGUGAACGACACUGCGGAGAACUUGCUGAAGUCGAUCCGCGAGAGCCACUCGGAGGUGGCUCCGUCGACGAUCUUCGCGGUGGCCGCCAUUCUGGAGGGCAACACGUACAUCAACGGCUCUCCGCAGAACACGUUCGUCCCUGGCGUGUUCGAGCUGGCGGAGCAGCACAAGACGUUCAUUGCGGGCGACGACUUCAAGAGCGGCCAGACGAAGAUCAAGUCGGUGCUGGUGGACUACCUGGUGAGCGCGGGCAUCAAGCCGGCGUCGAUCGCCUCGUACAACCACCUGGGCAACAACGACGGGAAGAACCUGUCCUCGCCGCAGCAGUUCCGCUCGAAGGAGAUCUCCAAGUCGGGCGUGGUGGACGACAUGGUGGCCUCGAACGGCAUUCUCUACCCCAACCACGAGCACCCCGACCAUCUGAUCGUGAUCAAGUACAUCCCCUUCGUGGGCGACAGCAAGCGCGCUCUGGACGAGUACACCUCGGAGAUCUUCAACGGCGGCAUCAAUACCAUUUCGAUGCACAACACCUGCGAGGACUCGCUGCUGGCCGCGCCGCUGAUGGUCGAUUUGGUGGUGCUCUCGGAGAUGUGCGAGCGAAUCUCGCUCUCCUACGAGGGAUCCCAGGGAUUCGAGCGAUUCAACUCCGUCCUCUCCAUUCUCUCCUAUCUGCUCAAGGCGCCCGAAGUGCCGCGCGGAACCCCCGUGGUGAACGCUCUCUCCAAGCAGAGAGAGUGCAUCAUCAACAUCUUCCGCGCUUGCAUCGGACUGCAGCCCGAUAACCACAUGAUGCUCGAGUACAAGAAGCAGCAGCACUAAAGAAGAAGAAAUAAGGUGGAGUACAAAGGAGUUGUGUGCUGUCUAGCGAGCUUGCGAGCUUUAUGUUUAGAAUGUAUUGAAAUGAA